CUUUCUAUCUUUGAGCUCAUUCUCCGAACCAAUAAAUGGAAGAAAUCGAAUGUGUUUUGAUUCAGUUGAAAUCCAACAUCCAGACAAAUAUGAAGGUUUUAAUAAUUGCUGCAGCUAUAGUUGCAGUCUGCUCUGCUCGGCCCCGCUAUCUAGUGGUAGAGAUUGAUGACGGGGAGCUCAUUCCUCAAGGUUUACCCCGAUUCUACAUGCCCGGGCUAACUCGACAGGCUCGGCAGCUAGAAGAGUAUUCACCUCCUCAGCAAAUUAAACGUCAGGCUGCCCUAGAAGAGUAUGGAUCUCCUCCAGCAUAUGAAGAACCUUCUCCUGCUUCAAGUAACACCUACGCUGCCCCCCACGCUGAGGCAGGCCCAGACCAUGUUGACUAUGGAGCAUAUACUGGAGGAGCUGGAGCCUUUGGUUGGUAUACUGAUCACCCUGUUCUCCUAGGAGCUGGUCACCGUUAACAUCGUUUAGAUUGCUUCGACACCUUUCGAUCUCGAACUAUUGAAAACUAUAUUAUGAAGUUUAUAAGUUAUAUAAAUUUUGUUAUGCCGAGUACAGUUAUUCUUACUGAAAUAAAUUUACCAAAAUUCA